CAUUGUGAAGUAGCCAUUGUGGGUGGUGGAAUUGGAGGACUGUAUACAGCAGAAUCUCUCCUUAGACACAAGAAAGAAACUAACGUGUGCGUGUUUGAAAGGAACGCGCGUCUUGGUGGACGAUUCUACGAUUACGUGUUUCCUCAGGUGCCGGAUGAAACUGUGGGUAGGUGUAUAUGGCUAGUAUUUUGGCCUUUACUUAGAAAAGCAAUGUUUGCUAUCUCGAACCCAGGGCGCUUCGUGGUAUUUUCGGCUGGAGUCGCGGCGUGAGGUCAUGGGAAGCGCAAAAACUUUGAGCCUUCCCAAGUGUUCGCGUUUUGCAAGUUCUCCAUGAUUCUUCUCGCUGCAUACUAUCCCAUGCCCGACAAACUACAUGGCAGACAGACAGGCAACCACGCCAGACCUUGAUCUACAGUAAUACUAUUAAUACAUAAUACAAACAGCAUGCAAUGACAUAUAAAAUUCCAACAGGUUUACUGACUUUUCAAGACAGCUGUUAAAAAUGGACUAUUACGAACUUUUCAUGACUGUCUAGAGUAGGGAAGCGUAUAUCGUCACGUAUGGAUUGAAGGAACUAGGUCCAUAACAGGAAAAAGUUAAGAUACGUAAACAUGCCGUUGCCAAAUCUCUGUUUCUUUUUUUUAGGCCUGGGCGCCUGGAGGAUUGAUCUGGCAAAUUACAACCUUCGGUAAGACUCUCCAAUCAAGCAUUGUAUUAUUAUCAAGAAAUCUUAUGACUUCUAUCCCUGGGAACUGUCCCAGGGAUGACAGGGCUUCCUUGGGGGCCCGUGCAUCCCUGUGUUCCCCAAUUAUCUUGUCCCUUCUCAACUCAGACCCCCCCCCCCCCCCCCCCCCCCCCCCCCCACAAAAACUCGCCAAUCUCACAAAACAGAUCCUGCACACGAUGCGGAAUAAAAAAAGAUUAAAAUCAAAAUAAGAAAAAAUAGAAAAAAAUAGUUAAAAUCUUCUUUCCUUUUUGUAGUUAGGCUUACCUCGACCAAUAUCGGAAGCACAUCGUGUAUGCACAGACUGGCGAUCCCCCCAGAACAGGUUGGGGCUGGGUUUUAGCACGUGUCCUCUCGGAUCUUUACAAAAAAUUUUUUUCCCUCUUCCCCCGGGAACUUCCCCCGGGGAAAACGGGCUUCCUUGGGGGCCCCGUCCCCCCCUUUUUCCCCAAUUUCUUUUCCCCUUCCCCACCCCCCCCCCCCCCCCCCCCCCCAAACACAUCCCUAAAAAAGCUCAGGUGGGACACUAAAGAUACUCCAGGAUUCGCUCAAGAUACAAACAUCUAUAAAGUGAAAAAGUCAAAGAAGAAUCCUGAAUUUUGGGUGUUUAUCACGGUUUUAGUAGUUCGGCUCCUAACUCCUGGUAACGGCCCAUACGAAGUUUUUCAACUCGGUAGCAUCUCUCAAAUUAUGUGAUAGCUGACGACUGAGUCAUAUGAAUAAGGGAUUACAGGUGACCAAAAGGUACGAUGUCAUGACAUUCAUUCCAGCUCAAGUUGUUGAGCUUGCAGUGCAAAUUCCGCUAAUAUUGGAGCGGAAUAUCUGAACUAUGUUUAUAUAUUUUUUUUACUGCUAUGCAGGAAUAUUCUUGAAAGGUUGUCCAUUCCGUACGAGGAGUGGAAUUUUUACGAAAACUCGCGUACUGAGACCAGAGGACAGUCAUCUCGCGAGGACCACGAAAUCAAAAAACAGUCCUUUCCAACUCUACUAAAAGGCAAGUUUCAGAAUAUGACCUGGAGUGAAAUGCAUCAAUAUCUUUUCAACGAAGAGCAUGUGAGAGAAGCGGAUAGAUUUGCCACUUUCCAGACCUACCAACAGAAUAUUCUCACGCCAGAGGGAUCGGAAUUUUACUUUGAUGUCUUUGGUUAUGAAGGCGACUUAAGAGGAGGCGAGUAUUAACCCUCGGACGUACAUGGGGGAGGCAGGGGUGGGUGGGGGGUGGGGGUGAUGUGAUGGUCAGGGAUAUGACGUAAUAGGUAGCAGGUGGUCAGGCCAUUUUUGAGUGAAGUUUUUUCAACUUCUUUCAGGAAUAAAAGAAAAACUUGUGGAUAAAAUGAUGCAAAGUUAUUUUGCAUGCUAAGUGCAAAAAAGUAUUAGUUCUCACUGUUUUUACCUGAUUUCUAAUUCUUGAUAAAAUCCAAGAUAGCGGCCAAGAUGGCGACCAUGUUUGGUGACGUCACAGACCUCCAGCAGCACCACCAUCCAUAAAAGAUACCUCAUCCUGUAAAAAAAAUUAAAAAGGCUUUUCACUGAAGACAAAAUCGUUUCGAAAUAUUGCAACAUAAAAAAACUCUGUCAAAGUUCCAUCAAUCCCCCCUUGUGCCACGGUAGGAGUAUGACUUUGCGUGUACGUCCGAGGGUUAAGAUCAGUUUGUUACUUUACUGUAUCUUACUCUUUUCUUGUCAAUUUCUUGACUGGUUUUAAUUAACAUCAUCAUAUGACGAUUGUAAUGCUUUUUUAGAUUUUUUUUUUGUACUGCAGAAAACGUUUUUCCAAGUUGGGCUAUUUUAACCAUGGAAUCUUGAUUUCGGAAAUAUCUUUGUAAAAAUUAUGAUUUUUUAUACGCUUUGAAAAUUAAUACACUCAAACAAUUUGUCCAUUACAGGUGGAAAGGAGGUUAGAGUUGAUACAUCCCUUCCUGAUUUAAUACGUAAAUUAUGUUGUGCUAGUUUUUAUUAAUAAGUAUAAUUUCUAUAAGAAACGAAAGAGGUUUGUAUCAAAACAAGGUCAACCUCAGCCUCACGUUCACUCAAAGUCUUGGAUACUAAGCCCACAACUGUAAAAUGGUCUAUUCAUCUCACCAUAUAGCUCGAUCUAAGAUUGAAAGCGUUGAAUGGAUUGUAAGACUUAAUUUUAGAUGGGAUCGGAGUCAUAACGUCUUCUGAAAUGCAAUUCAACAGGUGCUACAGGUGUAGUAGAGUACUACAAGCUCUUAGACGAGGAUUUUACAGGGAACGAAAUCCGCCCCGUAAAAGGAAUGUCUGCCAUCACAAAUGCUCUCGAGAAAUCUGCCAAAGAACUUGGAGCAAAGAUCUAUACUGGAAGUGAAAUCUCAUCGAUAAACCAAAGAAAAAACAUUUUUGUACUCAGAACAUCAACAGGUAAGAUUAAAGCAAAAAAGCUCGUGGUUGCUGCUCCUCCAGGGUCUUUUAAAAAGAUUCGUGGCAGCGUGGCACGAAUGAUUCAACAAGAAGAGGAGUUUAAAUCUAUCAAGGCCUUCCCGGCAUUCAAAGCGGCGGCAGUUUACGAAAGGGCGUGGUGGGAAGACAUUAAGGACGAAGCAACGCAAUUGUAUCCCAUGGAGAGAUUCCUGUCUAACAGUGAUUGCCUUGGAUGGACCCUUCCUCACAGGUGAAUAGCACACUCUGUGAUUAGUCAAGUUCGGCUUGAUGUCAAUGAGAACUCUCGAAAACUAACAGCACGGAAGAAAGGCGUACUGACAAAUCUACAGUGCUAAAAAUCAAAACCAAAAUUCCACUACACAAUGUUUAGAGCCGUGAGCCGUGUAGCACGGCAGCGCUUGUCGAACUUAAUUGCUCGCCGAACUUAAUUCAAAAGUUUGACUCAGACGCCGUGCUUCUGCCGUGCUUUUGUCGAACUUAAUCACUGGCCUGAAUUUAGUUCGGCACGGCAGAAGCACGACGUCUGAACUGGGCCUAACACUUGAAGUUUUUAUACAACUUCUUUUAUUAUCUGUCUCGUCAACCUCUUCGAUCGCGAUUUUAUUAUCUUCGUUAAUCUUCUAUAGACUGAUGAGUAUAUUUCGCCUAAAAGAAGGCAAGAACCAAUCACGUGACCUUAGUCACAUUUGUCCAAAUUCCCCACAUACUGAAGAUCAAUAUCAGAGUUUGCCGCUACGAUCAGCAUUUAUCAACUAUCUAUCAUUCGCUCUCUUAUAACAGAAAGUGACUUUUCUCUUUCGUUUUCUUUAGUGCGCGCGGUAAAAAUGGCGAAGCGGUGCUGCACCUUGCGUAUAAAGACGGCGAGUGUGGCGAAAAAUGGGGAAGCAUUCUAAACUCAGUUUCCAAGUCACUGGUUGACCAGGAAGUUCAUCGUGCUAUUGAGUAUAAGUUUAACAUGACAGUUCCUAAGCCCUUGGAAACAGUCUACAAGUACUGGAACGAGGGAGCCUGGUAAGAAGCAUACUGAUUUUGUCUUUUUACAGUGAUUCUUCUCGCAUCCAUCGCUCGAAAGUUUUGGUUUCUAGCUCUGUCUCUCGCAUGCUGUUUUGAGAUAAACUUUGCUCGAAACAAAAUUAUGUUUACCUUCUCAAAAACAAAAAAAUAAAACAAUUUAACAAUAAAAUUUUCCAGUUGGGUUUUGAACUUGCCUGCGAAUACAGCCGUCAGCGCGAGGAACGUUUCGCUGGAGAGACGUCUGUGCUUCACUGACAGAAAUUCCAUAUAUUGAUCUUAAUCCAACGACUAUCAGAUUUAUUGCGCAGUCAUUGCUUGGCAUGAUCAGUAUGGAAUUUCGGUGUUUGUGGCGCAGACGUCCGAUCCGCGAAGCGUACCCAACGGUGAGGGACUAGGAGAUACGGCUGUAUUCGCAGGCUAGACUGGCAUUCACAGAUGGAGUCCAUGGGCCUUAUUCACACGGCGGCCAUAUUGUUCCGAGAGACUGAAAAAAGCUUUGUUUUACCACCCUCGACCUCGCAGUGAAAACGUGGAAGCGCGAGGCUAGACAGGUAAAACAAAGCUACUUUAGUCUCUCGGGACAAAAUGGCCGCCGUGUGACAAAGACCCAUUGCUAAGUGGACAUUGGAAAACUGUUGUCUGGUCGGUAAAUGUACACUACUGCCAUGUCUGCUACCGUUUACAUUUGCUAUAUUUGCUAUUUUUCAUUUUGCGCAGGUACCUACAGAGGCCCGGGUGUAACGUGUCGAUGAGAAGAGUUGAGAAUUGGGCAAAGAAGCCAUUUCCAAGGAAACAGAUUUACAUUGUAGGCAGUGCAUACAACCCGUACCGAGCGUACUCCGAGGGAGCCUUGGUUUCCGCUAAUAACGCACUGUUGGAGGGUUGGGGUAUACCUAUUCCGAGUCCCGGAAUAAACACUCGCAUUGUUGAACCUUUACAUAAAGCCGGCGGAACAAAUCUGAGAAUGAUUCGUUAG